GCGGCGCGGGCCCAGGACUGAGCAGCUAGGCGCGAGCGAAAACAAACAGCUGGGGCUGCGAGCGCCCCCGCCCCGGCCCCGAGAGCACGCCGGCCCCGUCCCCCACCCGGGGCGCCCGUCUGCCCACCAUGAGGAAGAUCCGCGCCAAUGCCAUCGCCAUCCUGACCGUAGCCUGGAUCCUGGGCACUUUCUACUACUUAUGGCAGGACAACCGAGCCCACGCAGCAUCCUCCGGCGGCCGGGGCACGCAGAGGGCCGGCAGGAGGCCGGAGCAGCUCCGCGAGGACCGCACCAUCCCGCUCAUUGUGACAGGAACUCCCUCGAAAGGCUUUGAUGAGAAGGCCUACCUGUCGGCCAAGCAGCUGAAGGCCGGAGAGGACCCCUACAGACAGCACGCCUUCAACCAGCUGGAGAGUGACAAGCUGAGCCCGGACCGGCCCAUCCGGGACACCCGCCAUUACAGCUGCCCGUCUGUGUCCUACUCCUCAGACCUGCCAGCCACCAGCGUCAUCAUCACCUUCCACAAUGAGGCCCGUUCCACCCUGCUGCGCACGGUGAAGAGUGUCCUGAACCGAACUCCUGCCAACUUGAUCCAGGAGAUCAUUUUAGUGGAUGACUUCAGUUCAGAUCCGGAAGACUGUCUACUCCUGACCAGGAUCCCCAAGGUCAAGUGCCUGCGCAAUGAUCGGCGGGAAGGGCUGAUCCGGUCCCGAGUGCGUGGGGCAGACGUGGCUGCAGCUACCGUCCUCACCUUUCUGGAUAGCCACUGCGAAGUGAACACUGAGUGGCUGCCGCCCAUGCUGCAGCGGGUGAAGGAGGACCACACCCGCGUGGUGAGUCCCAUCAUUGAUGUCAUCAGUCUGGAUAAUUUUGCCUACCUUGCAGCAUCUGCUGACCUUCGUGGAGGGUUCGACUGGAGCCUGCAUUUCAAGUGGGAGCAGAUCCCUCUUGAGCAGAAGAUGACCCGGACAGACCCCACCAGGCCCAUAAGGACACCUGUCAUAGCUGGAGGAAUCUUCGUGAUUGACAAGUCCUGGUUUAACCACUUGGGAAAGUAUGAUGCCCAGAUGGACAUCUGGGGGGGAGAGAAUUUUGAACUCUCCUUCAGGGUGUGGAUGUGUGGUGGCAGUCUGGAGAUCGUCCCCUGCAGCCGGGUGGGCCAUGUCUUCAGGAAACGGCACCCCUACAACUUCCCUGAGGGUAAUGCCCUCACCUACAUCAGGAAUACCAAGCGCACUGCAGAAGUGUGGAUGGAUGAAUACAAGCAAUACUACUAUGAGGCCCGGCCCUCAGCCAUCGGGAAGGCCUUCGGCAGCGUGGCUACACGGAUAGAGCAGAGGAAGAAGAUGAACUGCAAGUCCUUCCGCUGGUACCUGGAGAACGUCUACCCAGAGCUCACGGUCCCUGUGAAGGAAGCACUCCCCGGCAUCAUUAAGCAGGGGGUGAACUGCUUAGAAUCUCAGGGCCAGAACACAGCAGGUGACUUCCUGCUUGGAAUGGGGAUCUGCAGAGGGUCUGCCAAGAACCCCCAGCCCGCCCAGGCAUGGCUGUUCAGUGACCACCUCAUCCAGCAGCAGGGGAAGUGCCUGGCUGCCACCUCCACCUUAAUGUCCUCCCCCGGAUCCCCAGUCAUACUGCAGAUGUGCAACCCUAGAGAAGGCAAGCAGAAAUGGAGGAGAAAAGGAUCUUUCAUCCAGCAUUCAGUCAGUGGCCUCUGCCUGGAGACGAAGCCUGCCCAGCUGGUGACCAGCAAGUGUCAGGCUGACGCCCAGGCCCAGCAGUGGCAGCUGUUGCCACACACAUGACGGAGGGAUUUUCUUGAAGGGUCAGCUAUUGCACUGGGCUGGGAGGCUGGCUGUGGCUCCUGUUUGUGAAGAGAACUCCCAGUUCCUUUUUCACAGCUGCUGAGAACACAUCCACACAUCUACCCCAUGGCCUUGUCUUGGAACUGCUCCUGCUAUCCCCACACCCUGCUUCCUCACCCUACUGGCUCUUGGGCAAAUGACUGUUGGUACCAGCACCCUGGGGGUCUCCGCUACGAAGCAGACCAGCCUGGGGCAGAUAUACCUACCACAGGAGCCCCCGGUCUUUCAUAGGCCAAGGAUCCACAUACCCAUAGAGUUCAUGGAUUCCAGAGGGUCUAGGAAUCUCUUGAAAUUGUCCCUAAAAUACUGCAUGUGUGUGCAUACAUGCAUUUUCCUGGGGAAAAAGUCCAUGGCUUCUAAAAGAGGUCCCUGAUCCCCAAAGGGCCUGAACCUCUGCUCUGGAUUGAAGCCACUGUCUGCCCAAGCUGCCACCCCCAAUCUUCCUCCCUGGUGUGCUCAAACUGCCAGCACCUGCUCCCUCCACGCGGCCCUUGGGGUCGGCAGCCAAGUGUCUGUGGUCCGCAGCACCUGCUCUGGAGGGCUCUCCAGCAGUUUCGCCUCCUGACUCUCACCAGCGUCCUCUCGGCAGCACUCCCGUGCCCAAGCGCACCCCUCUGGACUUGCCAGCGCGGGGCCCUUCACCCCCAGGGCCAUGCUUUGCCUGUCCUCUGUCGUGAUGUUUCUUCCACAGCCAGGUGCAGCCUCAGAUCCCCUGUUCAUCUGGGAAGCCUCCUGCCACAGCUUAGGACAGAACUGGGCCCAGGGCAAAGGCCUCUCCCCAGAGGAUGGACUAGAAGGCCUGGGCCACACUCGGGCAUGGACCUUUGGGGCUGGGGAGCAGGGGCUGCUCCUGUUGAAUGUAAGAGGACUGCUGACCAGAGGGCCUUCAAGAGGGUCUCUCUCUCCUUUGCUGUGGUCAGAUCAGGCUCUGCACUUAUCAGCCGGUCCUUUGUGGCAACUCAGCCCUAUUCUGUUUUUGCUUUUCCUCUUCUUGACCAAAGCAUGUGCCACUAGCUGUCCUUGAGGACCUCGUCUUCGUGAAACACACAUCUGGAAUAAAACCACUUCUUACAUA